AUGUCUGCAAAAUCGGUACGCUUCGAUCCUGUCGAAACUAUAUACACCACAUAUAGUGCAGACGAAUACGAUAGAUCUCGCUUUGCCUUCAGAUCUUCUCCGAAGCAAUACACCAUUUUCCGUCCUAACAUGUCUGCUAAUACUAUUGCUGCUGUUGAUUUGCUAAGCAAGAUAACAACAGAUGCAACAGAUAAAUGUAGUCCUACUGUCACUGCUGCUGUCACCGAUUCAAGGCUUUUCAUUCCGUCUUUGGAUCUCUCUGUUAUCCCUAACUCAAGACGACGACUGCUUGACUCGUCAACAGAUGAGAUAGAAGUAUCAUUCUCUUCAUCUUCAACCACAAAGAAAACGAAAAAGCCAAAGUUAACCAUUAAUACCCAUUCGCUGACACCCUUGAUUUUCACCGAGCUUACAACGCACUAUAAAUGCAAACCUGAAGACGAAGAAGAAGAACAUGGCUACCUCAUUCCUGUGUCUGCUUGUUAA